AAUUAAACUCAAAUAAUGAGCCAUUAUAAAACAGGAAUAUGUUGUGGGCUGCACAGUAUAAACAGUGCAAAGGAGGAUAGCUCAGCCAAGACACAUGCAACAGAGACUAUUUAUAUUUACUACAUAAAGAUGGAAAAGAGUAUUUUCUUGUGUGCAGUUGUAAUCUUCUUGGUUACUGGUAUAAAUGGAGACCAUCAACUUGGCCAUCAUCGUCAUGCUCAGCAUCAUCGGCGUCAUUCCCAUCGUCAUUCUCUUCAUCAUCCCAAUGCCGCUAGACAUAAUCGUAAGCCACACACAGAAGAGGUACUCUCCUAUCAUGCAAUAGCUUCUAACAAUUUUGAAUUUGGAUCCAAAUUAUUUAAACUUGUUGCUUCAAAACCAGAUUGGGCUUCCAAGAACAUCUUUUUCUCUCCCUUUAGUAUCUCAUCUGCUUUUGGAAUGCUGUCUCUGGGUGCCAGAUUUGAUACCCUGACUCAGAUACAAGAAGGAUUAUGCUUUAAUGUGACAGACAGCAGUGACACAGAGAUACAUCAAAAUUUUGAAGAAGCGCUCGAUGCACUGAACAAUCGAACUGAUGAGGUGCAUCUGUUCAAUGGAAAUGCUGUUUUUGUAAGAGAAGGUGCUGAGAUUCUACCCACAUUUCUAGAUGAUACGCAGCGAUAUUAUGCAGCCAGUGCACUUUCUACUGACUUUAAAAAUAAGGAAGAAGCUGUAAAGCAGAUCAAUGAAUUUGUUGAGAAGAAGACGCAUGGUAAAAUUAUCAAGGCUUUACAGGAAGUUGACCCAGAGACUGUAGUACUUCUUGUUAGUUACAUAAUGUUCCAAGGUACAUGGGAAAAACCAUUUAAUCCUAAAAACACAAAAGAAGAGGAUUUUUUUAUUGAUGCGGAUACUACUGUCAAAGUGCCGAUGAUGUACAGGCCUGGUGUAUACAAGGUAUUCCAAGAUUCACAUGUCGGUUGCACUUUCCUAGAAUUACCUUAUAAGGGAGCAGCUUCUUUGUUUCUGAUUCUGCCUGAUGCUGGUAAGAUGGAAGAUGUGGUCGAGUCGUUGUCCUUUGAAACAGUACUAAAGUGGCAUCAUUCAACAAUCCAUAGGUUUGCAAGUGUGUCCCUUCCAAAGUUUUCUAUUGCUACAUCCUAUGAUCUGAAAGAGCUGCUAAUUGAAAUGGGCAUCGCAGAUGUAUUCAGUGACUCUGCAGACCUUUCUGGAAUUACAGGCAAUCGAGACCUGAAAGUUUCUAAGGCUCUUCACAAAGCAAUUCUAGAUGUUGAUGAGACAGGAACAGAGGCUGCCGCUGUAACUAUAAUUGAGCUGACACCAAGGACAGCCAUCCAUGAACAGUACUCUUUUAACCGACCUUUCCUUUUUCUGGUUUGUGAAAAUGAAACAAAAAUGAUACUCUUCAUGGGAAAACUUGCAAACCCUUCAGAAAUUUCAGAGCCAAACUAAUAUAUAACUGAUACUUUGUUUAACAUGUACCUCAACAAAAAGAACUAUGUUGUUUAAAACCUGUUUACUAUAAUUUUAAUAUAUCAAAAAUAUUGUGAUAUAAAAUAAAUCAACUAUAUAUAUAUAUAUAUAUAUAUAUAUAUAUAUAUAUAUAUAUACAUGCAUAUACAUUUAUUCAUAUAUUUGUUUUUAUCAUUUAAGAACAGAGUCAGUUCACUAGCAAUAACUGAGAAGUGAUAGUCAAAAACCACUAAAUGCUCAAAAAGCCCAUGUAUAUAUAAAAACUGAAGAAUGAACAUAUUUGGCUGAUUCAUAUCAACAACAUGCUUUGAUAAAUUCAAUAUUUAUUUAUUUAUUUAUUGACAUUUGUUUACUGGGAAAGUCUGACUGGGCACAGGUAUCCUUUUUCAGAGAUGCCUGGGGAGAAAAGCUCUAAGGUAUCAUAUGUAACACAAUCAAUAUUUGCAAUACAUUUUAUAUUAUAGUUUUUUAAUGUACUGUUUAUAAGAUUGUUCUAUAAUGUGCAUGUGGAUGUUCAGGAGAAGUGAGAGGUAUAUAUUCAAAAUAUUUAAGUAAUGCAAAUAAAAGAAGCAUUAUAUACACGUGUUGGUAAAAGUACAGUACAACAGUGCACAGAGAGUGGCAUCUUGUCACCUUUACCUACCUUCAUACAUGGAGGCAGUCAAGGUCCUUCAAUUAUUUUGUAAACAAUGAGACUUCAAGGUUGUUAUUGGAGAGUGUCUAAUUGGAUCAGUCAAGUACCUCGGUUAACAAACUAGAUAAAUAAAUAAAUAUAUUUUUUAAUGUA